UCGUCUGCGUCACCAGGAGGCGCCGGAAGUGCUGCGGGGAGCCUUGGAGACGGGUUGAACUAUCGCUAUAUCCGUCGAGACAAAGAUCUCUGAAUUAGAGGCGAGCACUGCGUGCGGGGAAGGCGAGGGAGGGGGCGGCCGUGGGGGGGCGGGGUUUGCUAGGCCGCGUUUCCAUAGCAACAUCCCUUUCGCCUCCCUCGGGGGCUCCCUCUGCAGAGCGAGGAAGGGGGUCCCCCCCCUCAGGGUGGGCCUCUUGCCCGGGGAGGCGCUGGAUGCGGCCGCCCUUGCGCUGCUGCCUCGGGCGCCUUGGGGCAAACUUUGGGCUAUUGGCUGGGAUGGGAAGCCGAGGGGAAAGGCCUCCCCUUCCGCCACCUCGGGGAGAGGGCGACCUCGGCGGCGGCUCCCUCGUCUGCUAUUUUUAUAUUUCUCUGGACUCACCUUUUUUCCAUGACAGGAACUCCAGGCGGCUUACAGAUAAAAUAGAAACAGCUGAAAAUAAAGAGGGGUGGGUGGGAAGAGCCAUUAAAAAGCAAUUAAGCAAUAAAAUUAAAGCUAUCUUUCUCUCUAUCUGAUAUAUGAGAACAUACAGAUCAUUAUAGUAAAAACAUCGCAGCACCAACCUUUUAGGACUUGGAAAUCAUGACCUAGUGAAUUUAUGGCAGAGGUGAAAGUAGAACAUGUAGCUUGUUUUCUUGCUCUCUACAUUGUUUAUUAUUUUUUUGCUUUCCUUGUAACUUGAUCUUACGCACAUUUAUUUCUUCACUGGGAAUGUUUCUACCUUGGUUUGACUACCCCUCUUUCCUUCCCCAGACCAAUUCUGUGUGUCCUCAGUUUGUAUGAAGAAAUGACUACACAAGUAAGUGUAUCAGAGCCACAACUUUUAAUUUUAUGAUUUAAAUUUUAUUACUUUAUAACAGGGAUAUUCCUUUUUCUCCCCUAGUACAGUAUUCUCUUCAAGCAAGAACAAGGUGAGGAAAUAAUCCUACUUUGUGCCUGAUUAACAAAAGCUGGCAAAUUGAAUGUAUGAGAAAGGUAUAGACUUUUAACAUAAGUUAUGAAUUCCAUCUUAACUGUUCAAAGAAAGAAAGAAAAAAAGAAUUUAUGAAAGAAAUGUCCUAGUUGUCGUGAUUUCUGGUAUGUUUGAAAUAUGAAGACACAAAAUUAAGGAUCAGAAAAGGGAAAAGUGUGAAAAAUGAAUCCAAAUUGUAUCCAGCUGUCAUAAUUUCUGAUACCAUAGGGAUAGGGUACCUUUGGCCUAUCACAUGUUCUUGGGCUCCAAUUCCCUUCAGUCCCAGUCAGCAUGGUCACUGGUCAGGAUGAUGGGAUUUGUAGUCUCUAGGUUGGAGAAGUUAUGUACAGUCUUGAGAAGAGACAAACGGGGUGGUGGGAGAGACAUCCUAACACUCUUCAAAUGGCUUCCUAAAUAAAAGCUGGCAAAGGCUUAAACUCUGCUGUUCAAGAGGACAUGAUUAGAUCUAAUGGGCUUAAAUUGCAGGAGAGUAGAUUUUGGUUGUACCGUUCUUGAGAACGAGCAGUUUGACAAUGGAACCAGUUUCCUAGAGCAAUGAUAGUGUGUCAGACCUAGUCACUUUGGAUAUCAUCAUCAACCUUUAUUACAGUCCAGAGACUCAACAAAUCGUUACAAGGCAAUACACAAUUCAUACAGCCUACCUCCAAGUUAAACAAGCAUUUUGUUCAGAAUAUAGGGAUCAUUGGUUCUUGCAACCACCGAUAAAAACUUUGCCACUGCUAAUGUUCUAGCGUUUGUCCGGUCUUCCAAUAGGAACCUGAUAUUCCUAGCCUCUGAUUUUCCCAGGAAAGGUACCAGCAAGGGUAAUAUCAGUUCAGCCCUGGCUUGCUCAUAUUUUGCACAGUGCAACAAAAUAUGUUUUAUGGAAUUGAUGUCUUGAGCACACGAGCAAAGUCUGUCCUGGUAGGGAACUCCUCUCAACCUGCCAUCCAACACUGCAGAAGGAAAGACGUUUAGUCUGGCUUUGGUGAAAAGCCUUCGAUAAUUUGGUACUACCAGGUUUUUAAUGUAAGAUGUUAACUUAAAGACACUUUGGAUAUGGAGCCAUAUUUUCUGUUACUCCACCCACCCCUACCCCACCUCACUAGCUGAGUAAAACAAAGGAGAAAUAUAUCUACUUCUAAAAUUGUGUCCAGAGUGGACUAAUGGAUAUUAGGGCAGAAUUGAUACUAUCUGUGACACCUUGCUGUUAUCCAGUAAAACUUAAGAUAACCACAGCUGUUAAACUGCAUUCCUUUUUGGAAUCAUCUUGCAUUCAUCUUUCAAUCAGUUAUUUUCUUUCCCAGCACAUGAUGACGCCAUCUGGUCAGUGGCCUGGGGGAAGAAUAGAAACGAUGGCUCAGAAACAGUCAUCUCAGGCUCUUUGGAUGACAUGGUGAAAGUCUGGAAAUGGUGAGUUCCAAAAAAGAAAGAAAGAAAAAGAAUUGGUUAAACUGAAUUCUCGAGAAGCCAGGAGCAUGAUGUAAACAUGUGCUGGUCUGUUUGGCAUCAUAGCUAGUUGCUGCUGGUAUAACUUCUGUGAACUUGUCUAAUCCUUUUUCUUUUAGCUCUGAUAUAAUUUGGUUUCCUGUGUAUACACGCUGUAGUUCAACACAAAUUCAGAUUUGAUUUUUAAGCUGUGCUUUGAUUUACCCAAGCAAGCCUUGCAAAAAAUUGUUUUCAUUGUGCUGUUAGUAACUUGUGGUUUCGAAAGUGUUGACAGUGGGUUUCAGACAAGGGUGUUUCCUUCCUGGAAAUGCCAGGGAUUGAAUGUGGGAUCCUUGCCACUGAGCUAAGGCCUUUCCCAUUGACUUUCUUGGGACUUCUAUGUGCAUAAUUAUUUCAUCUCCUUUUCAUGUGGAAGACUGAAAUUUGGGGAGGGCAAUGGAUUGUGAAAACCAAAAUUAAUAUGGAAAUGGAAAAAUAUGCAGAACAGAAUUUCAGAAUGUGGUGAUAGGUGUGCCAUAUGAAGAAACAUGUAUUGUUUUUAAAUUUUAGUUUCCUUUUAUUUUGCAAAGGAACGGAGAGAAGCUGGAUCUCAAGUGGACAUUAGAAGGUCAUCAGCUGGGUGUAGUUUCGGUGGAUAUUAGUCACACGGGUACCAUUGCUGCGUCAAGUUCUUUAGAUGCUCACAUUCGUAUUUGGGAUUUAGACACUGGCAAACAGAUCAAGUCAAUAGAUGCUGGACCUGGUAAAGUUCAAAAGUUCUCUGACUACUAAGAAUAUACAGUUCAAGGGCUGCAAGUGUUCUGAUGAGUAGUUAAUAUUUAUUUUUAGCAUACUGUUUCUAGUAUUUGUGUUAUGAAAUUUAUAUGAGAGUUAUACAUUGCUCUGAACCCUUUGAGAGGAAGGUAAUUAAUAGGUUAUUGAUUUAUUGUUGAUAUUUAAUUUAAAACAUUAACUAAAGCUUUAUGUAUGUAUUUGCUAUUUUCAUAAAAGAGGACCUUGUGGCGGAUUACAAGGUGAACAUAUCAUCAUCAAACCUUUUGUUGGCAUCACAUACAAACAUCCAUAACAUAACAGUACAGAGUUACCACUUCCCCCGUGGCACAAAACAUUUACCAAAAAAAAAGGAGAGGCAGAGCAGACUAUUGUCACAUCUCUAGGUCUCCAGGGAGAUCAGUCGUCUGCAAUGUGUUUCAACAACAGAAUACCAGAUAAAGAUAUUUGGCCGCUAACUUGGUGAGCUCCUGGUCAUUCCCCAAUAGUAUGACCACUGACUCUGGUUUCUAUUUGGGGAUGCAGAGUUGCUCUAGGAAUUGCUGGUGGAGAUCAGCAUAUAGUUUACAUUUAAGAACCAUAUAAGUAAGAGUUUCCACCAGGUGGUCAUCACAUGGGCAGAUUCUUUUUUUUUUAAAAUAAAUUUUUAUUAAUUUUCCAAACACAGAAUAAAAAAAAAAAAAACAAAGAGAAAACAAACAGUACACAAUACACCGACAUACAAACAUAUAAACAUGUACAAUUUCAUAACCAUUUUUUCAUAAACCUUACUUCCCGGACUUCCCCAUACCUCCCCUUUUCUGCAUCCUUGUUUUAUAUUUCUUCAGCAACUCCUCAGUCGACUAAUUUUUCAGUUCAAUUUCUUUUAAGUUCUUCUAAUAUUGUUAAUUACAGCUGCAAUUCUCUGUUUCACAACCCCUUGACAUUUUAACAUUCCUGAAUUUUACAACAAGUUCUAAGAUAAACUUUGAAUUUCUUCCAAUCUUCUUCCACUGUCUCUUUCCCUGGUCACGGAUUCUGCCAGUCAACUCCGCCAGUCCCAUGUAGUCGAUCACCUUCGUCUGCCAUUCUUCCAGUGUGGGUAGUUGUUGUGUCUUCCAAUACUUUGCUAGAAGAAUCCUUGCUGCUGUAGUCGCAUACAUAAAAACGUCCUGUCCUUCCUUCUCACCAAUUGGCCGACUAUGCCCAGGAGAAAAGCCUCAGGUUUUUAGGAAAGGUCCAUUUAAGAACCUUCUUAAUUUCAUUAUAGAUCAUUUCCCAAAAGCUUUUAUCCUCGGGCAGGUCCACCAAAGGUGAUAAAAGUACCUUCAGUCUCAUUACAUUUCCAACAUUUGUUAUUGGGCAGAUGAUAAAUUUUUGCAAGCUUGACUGGGGUCAUGUACCACCUAUACAUCAUUUUCAUAAUGUUUUCUCUUAAGGCAUUACAUGCCGUAAAUUUAGUACCGGUGGUCCACAGCUGUUCCCAGUCAGCAAACAUAAUGUUAUGACCAAUAUCUUGUGCCCAUUUUAUCAUAGCUGAUUUCACCGUUUCAUCCUGUGUGUUCCAUUUCAACAGCAGAUUAUACAUUCUCGACAGAUUCUUAGUAUUGGGUUCUAACAGUUCUGUUUCUAAUUUUGACCUCUCCUUCUGGAAACCUAUUUUCCUGUCCUGUUUAAAUGUCUCGUUUAUCUGAAGGUAGUGCAACCAAUCUCGCACUUUGGACUUUAAUUUCUCAUAACUCUGUAAUUUAACUUUUUCCCCAUCUUGUUCUAAAAUUUCACAAUAUUUUGGCCAUUUAGACUCCAUAUUAAGUUUUUCACCUCUUUGGCUUCCAUUGGUGACAACCACCUGGGAGUUUUACUUUCCAAUAAAUCUUUAUACCGCAUCCAAACAUUAUAUAAUGCUUUCCUAACAAUAUGGUUUUUGAAACCUUUAUGCAGUUUUACCUUAUCAUACCAUAUAUAUGCAUGCCAGCCAAAUCUAUUAUCAAACCCUUCUAGAUCCAAAAUAUCUGUAUUCUCAAGAAGUAGCCAAUGUUUCAACCAGCAGAAAGCCGCCGAUUCAUAGUAGAGUCUUAAGUCCGGCAGGGCAAACCCCCCUCUAUCUUUUGCAUCAGUUAAAAUCUUAAAUUUUAUUCUGGGCUUUUUGCCCUGCCAGACAAAUUUAGAUAUAUCUUUCUGCCACUUCUUGAAACAAUCCAUCUUGUCCAAAAUCUGCAAUGUCUGGAAUAAAAACAACAUUCUAGGCAAUACAUUCAUCUUGAUAACAGCAAUUCGACCUAACAAAGAAAGUUUCAACCUUGACCAUAUUUCUAGAUCUUUCUUUACCUCUGUCCAACAUUUGUCAUAAUUGUCCUUAAAUAAAUUCAUAUUCUUAGAUGUUAAGUUUACCCCCAGAUACUUUACUUUUUCGUUAUCACUAAACCUGUUUCAUUCUGAAACUUCUCUUUUUCAGCCAAUGUUAAAUUUUUGUCCAGCACUUUCGUUUUCUGUUUGUUCAGUUUAAAUCCUGCUACUUGACCAAAUAUCUCAAUUAGUUCUAAUACUCUUUUAGUACUAGUAUCUGGCUGUUGCAAGGUCAGUACUAGGUCAUCUGCAAAUGCCCUUAGCUUGUAAUGUCUAGCUCCGACUUGUACUCCUUUAACCAACUGGUCUCCUCUAAUCAUGUUUAACAAAACCUCCAGGACUAAUAUAAAAAGUAGAGGGGAUAUUGGGCACCCCUGUCGUGUACCUUUUUCUAUAGAUAUUUCUUCCGUAACCACAUUGUUUACAAUUAACUUUGCUUUUUGUUUAGAAUAUAUUGCACCUAUACCGUUUUCAAACCCUUGACCUACCCCCAUCCCUUGGAGAUUCUUCUUCAUAAAGCUCCAACCAAUAUUAUCAAAGGCUUUCUCCGCGUCCACAAAAAUUAAAACAGCCUUCCUAUUGAUGUCCACUUCUAACAGUUCCAAAAUAUCUAUAAUGUUCCUCACAUUGUCCGACAUAUGUCUCCCUGGAAGAAAGCCAGUUUGGUCCUUAUGAAUCUCCCCUACCAACACUCUCUUCAGUCUUUUUGCCAUAAUGUCUGCAAAAAUUUUGUAAUCCACAUUAAGUAAUGAUAUAGGGCGGUAGUUUUUAACCUGGUUCUUUUCAGUCUCAGUUUUCGGUAUAAGUGAAAUAAAGGCUUCUUUCCACGACUCUGGUGCCUUUUUCCCUCCAAAAUUUCAUUACAUACUUCCUUCAGUGGUUGUACUAACCAUUCCUUCAACGCUUUAUAAUAUCUGGCAGUCAAACCAUCUGGUCCUGGAGAUUUUCCCAAUUGCAUCUUCUGAAUGGCACCCUCUAUUUCUUGUCCUGUUAUUUUCUCAUUCAAAAUCCUUCUGCUUUGCUCUGAAAUUUUUGGUAAUCCAUGUUUCUUAACAAAUUCUUCUAUUUCCUGUUCGUUGACUGGCCCUUGUGCAUAUAAUUUCCUGAAGUAACUUUGAAAACAAUUACUUAUCUCAUUUGGUUUGUGGAUAAUCUUUCCAUCCACUUCUAAACUUGUCACAGUGUUCAAUUUUUGCCUCUUUUUCAAUUGCCAUGACAGAAGUUUCCCACAUUUAUCUGCUGAUUCAAAUGUCUUUUGUCUCAUUUGCUUUAUUUUCCAUUCUAUCUCUUGAUUCAUCAAUUCCAUAUAUUGCACCUGAUAGUGCUUUAUUUCUCUCAAAGUCCCAUGAGACUUUGGUUUAGACCUCAAUUUCUUUUCACCUUCUUUUAUUUUUUCCAGAAUUUUUCCUCUUUAUGGAGUUCUGUUGUAUUAGGAAACCUCGCAUCACGGCCUUACUUGCGUCCCAGAUUAUUCUUUUUCCACUUCUGUUCUCAAAUUUAUCUCAAAGUAAUCUUUCAAUGUUUUUUGGGCCUUCUUAUAAAUCUCUUCAUCUCUAAAUAGGGUGUCAUUCAUUCUCCAUCUAAAGGAUCCAGUUGAUGUUAGUUUCAUCUCCAUCUUUACAGCAUUAUGGUCGGAGCAAGUCUUUGAGCAGAUUUCUACCUUUUUGAUCCUUGGCGCCAUACUGCUAGUUACCCAAAUUUGGUCAAUUCUUGUCCAUGUCAUUUUUGCUUCAGAGAAGAAAGUUCCCUCUCUCUCAAGAGGGUUCCUUGUUCUCCAAAUGUCAAUCAAGUCCAUAGUUUCUGUCAUUUCAAAAAAAGUCUUUGGUAGUCUCCCUUCCUUGGAAAUUACUUGUCUUUGUGCUUUGUCCAUAUUUGUGGAGACUACACCAUUCAUGUCUCCCAUCAUUACUACUCUAUAGUCUAAAUAGUCCAUUAGAGUCUCAUGCAGCUUCUUAAAGAAUUCCGCCUUCCCGUCAUUUGGUGCAUAAAUUCCGACUAUCAAGAUUUUUUCUCCUUGAACUUGUAUUUCAAUUGCCAGGUAUCUUCCUUGUUCAUCUUUAAAUAUCAUCUUUGGAGCCAAUUUUUCUUUUGCAUAAAUCACCACGCCUCUUUUCUUAACUUUGUCUGAUGAAAUAAAUUCCUGUCCAAGUCUCUUGUUUACCAAUAAUUUCCUAUGUGUCCUGGUCACAUGGGUCUCUUGUAGACAUAUUAGGUCUAAUUGUUCUCUUUUCAAAAUAUGAAAAACUUGGCGUCUUUUUCGGGAAGGUUCAAACCAUUACAAUUCCAACUAAGAAGUUGCAGAGACAUUUUGUCAUUAAGUACCUGUUCCACCGACUGCUCCUAGCUUUUGUUCAUCUUCAGAUGGUGGUAUGAGUCCAAAUGACAAGUUUGCAAUGUCUGUCACUCCUUUUUCUUGUAUUGUUGUUUCUACUGUUCCUUUCUGCAAGUCCUCCUGAUAUCUCUCCAAAAACUGUUCUUUAUCUUGAACUGUUCUUAUUUUGACCUUCCUUCCUUUGAAAGUAAAAGACAAUCCUUGUGGAAACUCCCACCUGAAGGGUAUGAUAUUUUUCUUCAGCAGGUAGACCAAAUCUUUAUAGAAGGCUCUCACCUCCAAAAUAUAUUUAGGGAUAUCUUUAAAAAUUUGUACUUGACUAUUUUCAAUCUCCAAUGCCUUUUGGUAGUGCAAGUUCAAUAUUUUAUCUCUUUCUCCUUUGGAUCUCAAUGUGAUCAAACAAUCCCUUGGCUUCUUACCUUGCCUCCUGCCCAGCCGAAAAACUGUUGUUAUUUCAAGUUCUUCUUCCUGCAGCUCCUUUUGCCAAAAUUCCAUAAAGUUCUGUGUAAGGAAGUCCACAAGGCUGUCUCCCUCACAUGGGCAGAUUCUACCUCACUCCGCCUUGCCCGAGAACGUUUCUCCAAAGGAGGUUUUGAUGGGUUUGAGUUGAACCUGGCCAGCGAAAAUGCCCUUCUUUCUUGAGGGUUAAACAAAAAUUUGAGAUAGUUGUAGUUAGUUUCAUGUGCCCAAGAAAGUAAAGAGGGGAGCAUGUUUUUUGUGCUGCUACUGUUAGAUCUGGCUUUCAUUGUCCCACAACCUAGCCUUGGCAGAUGGUAGGGACAUUGAACGCAGAAGUUCCAUUGACAGCCCAAGUUGCUGUACCUUUGUGUUAAACUGUUGUAGCCCUGGGGAAAGAAAGGGAUCUAGCAACACUUCACUAAGGAGAGGAUCUUUAUCUGUUGUGAGGCAGAUGUUUAACCAGCAUAGAAGAAAUCUCGUCCAGGCAACAGUCUCUACCUUGUGUUGACCUCCCUCUAGACACAAGGCUGCAUAGGGUACACAGCGUGGGACAGCAAAAAUCUUUAAAAGGAAAGCUGCCUGCACUUGUUCAACCAUCUGGGUAAACCCUAGCAGCCAGAUUGGAAUUCCAUAGAGCAAUUGAGCUAUAAUUUUGGUGUUGAAGACCUUAAGGGUCAUAUGUUCCAUAAAAAUCUAGUCACAACUAACUGCAAUCAUAUGCAUGCUGACUGUAGUUCAUCACAUUAAACUCUUCAGUACUGACUUCUGAAUAACUUGACACAGGGUCAGGCUGUGGAUCCCAUAGAAGUCAAUGGGGAGUUAGUAAUUUGUUCCAUUAGGAAGUAGAGCUCUGCAUGUUUGCUCAGAUGGUUUGUUCAUUGGGACAGUUCCAAUGUGACUGAGCUGGUGAUGAUUCAGUAAGGGGCCCCAGUUUUAACCUUGUCACUGUGAUGAAGUUCACAGUGAAUUUCAGGUAAGCCACUUCUUCUCAGCUUCUUUUUCUCCAUCUGCAGAAUGGAGGAUAGUAAUCCUGACUAGUGAUGUGAGGUGAGAAUAUUCUCCGGAGAAUGUUAUCGAGAAUGAGAAUACAGUGGUACCUCGGGUUACAGACGCUUCAGGUUAAAGACGCUUCAGGUUACAGACUCCGCUAACCCAGAAAUAUUAUCUUGGGUUAAGAACUUUGCUUCAGGAUGAGAACAGAAAUCAUGCUGCAGCAGCAGCGGAAGGCCCCAUUAGCUAAAGUGGUGCUUCAGGUUAAGAACGGACCUCCGGAAUGAAUUAAGUACUUAACCCAAGGUACCACUGUAUCCUCUGCUAGAAAAUUAUCUGGAGAAUAUUCUUCUCAAAUUAUAAAUUUGAAUGUAAGAACCAGUUUUACAACCCACAUUUUAAAAAUCUAGUAAAUAGUCAAGCCAGUGUAAGUAAUGAAUAAUGAUUUUUUUGAUCCAGUUACAUUACUGGGCAUUGUGUCAUUCACCACUGGCAGUUCUGAAAUGUGAGCAUUUUUUAUUUAUUUUUUAGUUUUAAAAAUGCUAUUCAUUUAAUCUGAUGUGCAUUUUAAUUCACAUGCAUUUCAACUACAUGUAAUAGCCUUUUUUCUAUUUUGGUGUGACCUUAUUCUUAACAAUUCUGUACCCUUGGCCAUACAGUGUUAUUUUUUUUACAGAAAGUAGCUUUAAUGCUUUAUACACUUAAAAGUACCUAGGCUUAUACAAUUAUGUGUAACAGCAUGUGAGGUGGCUUUGAUUUAAACAGUUGGUGUUUCUAUAUUUUUAUUUAGUGCCAGUAACUGGUUUUUGCAGUGCCAUUCAAUGGUACAAGGUGCCAUUUACCAGGGAUUGACAUACUGAAAUAUAUUAUCAUUUUUAUAUGUAUGCAUAUAGUUUUGUUUAUCAAGCUGUGUUUUAGUCACCAAAACAGUUAUUAAGUGUUAGAGCUAUUAGAAGCACAAGAUAGCCUAUUACUAAAUUUACUUGUAUCAAACCUUAACAUGCCAAUUGGAUUUUUUGACUAGUCCUGUAACAUAUACAAUACGUGUUCUAAUGGAAGAAUAAAAUAUGAUUUAACUACUGAGUUUCCUUAUACCAAACCUUAACAUGACCAUUACUGGUGCCAUCACCUUAGAAUGGUUUAACUUUAACUAUAAUGAAUAUUCUAUUUUAAAUGAAAAUUCUCUAAUAUUCUCAUUAAUCAAGAAUAUUCUCGAGAAUAUUCUCCAAAAGAUUAUUCUCAAGCAUUUAGCAUCACUAAUCCUGACUCACCUUAUUGGAUUGUUUGUAAGGAUUACAAGCUCCAUCUGGUACGCAGGUUGAGACCCUACCUGCCUGUGGACUGUCUUGCCAGAGUGGUGCAUGCUCUAGUUAUCUCCCGCUUGGACUACUACCAAUGUGCUCUACGUGGGGCUACCUUUGAAGGUGACUCGGAAACUGCAAUUAAUCCAGAAUGUGGCUAGACUGCAGCUAGACUGGUGACUGGGAGUGGCCAACAAGACCACAUAACACUGGUCCUGAAAGACCUACAUUGGUUCCCAGUCGUUUCCGAGUAGAAUUCAAAGUGUUGGUGCUGACCUUUAAAGCUCUAAAUGGCCUUGGUCCUGUAUCCCUGUCUCCUUCUGCCUGGACACUGAGGUCCAGCUCCCAGGGCCUUCUGGUGGUUUCCGCCUUGCAAGAAGUGAGGUUAUAGGAAACCAGGCAGAGGGCCUUCUCAGUAGUGGCGCCGGCCCUGUGGAACGCCCUCCUGUCAGAUGUCAAGAAAGUGAGCAACUACAGUGGUACCUCUAGUUGCGUGCACCUCGAUACGAAUCCUAGGGUUACGCACGUGGCAAACCCGGAAGUAUUCUCCCAGGUUUCACCAUGUGCACAUGCACAGAGCAGGCACCUCCGGUUGUGAAAACCUCAGGAUCCAGCUGGAGCUCCGGAACGCAUCCUGUCCGCAACUGGAGGUACCACUGUAUCUUACUUUUAAAAGGCAUCUGAGGGCAUCCCUGUUUAAGGAAGUUUUUAAUGUUUAAUGCUGUAUUGUAUUUUUAAUAUUCAGUUGGGAGCUGCCCAGAGUGACUGGAGAAACCCAGCCAGAUGGGCAUGGUAUAAAUUAUAAUAUUAUUUAUAUUAUUAUAUAAAUAAUAAUAAGUUGUUGUUGUUAAAUAAUUAAUAUAAAUCAUUUUGAAUGAUUCAAACCAUUACACAGAUAUCAUCUUCAACACCAUCACCAGGAUAUUGAGCACAAUAGCAUGUGAACGAUGAUAAUGGCUCGCAAUGGGAUGCACCUUCUAAUAUCUGCUUUCAUGCACAGCUAGUCAUACAUCAACAUUGCUGUGCACUUAUAAGAACAGUUCAAUCAGUGUUGGAUAUUUAAUCUGGAGUUUAGAGCAUUAACUUUUCCCUCCUUCUCCUCUCACAGUGGAUGCCUGGUCACUCGCUUUUUCGCCUGACUCCCAGUAUGUUGCAACAGGAAGCCACAUAGGGAAAGUGAACAUUUUUGGUGUCGAGACUGGAAAAAAAGAAUAUUCCUUGGAUACAAGAGGCAAAUUCAUCCUGAGUAUUGCAUAUGUAAGAAUCCUGUCUGUUAAUUGGCCUUUGGUGCAACCUCUUUUACUAUCUCCACCACUUACUAAUUUGUCCUGAAUGCCCUGUGUUUUGCUAGCAUUUAAAAAGUAGUGCCAAGGGAGAGAUGACCAGGCCCUAGACCUCCGCUGUGCUAGGUCAUUAAUGGUUUCAAAAUGCUGAUCAAUAAGUGCUGCUUAAGAAGAUUUUCCACUCCAGCACCUCUUACUCCGUUUUCUUCUUCCCAAGGCUGUGUGUGCAAAUCUAAACCAGAUAAAAUGCUAUGCUUUCACACUAUAUGGGGCCCACAGUAGGAAAAUUGUAUGGGUGCCCAGAGACAUUAAAACACAGGCCCAGAUAAAUUGAAUGUGACAAGAAUAUAACUGUGUACUUGUCAACAAUCAGUGUUUGUUUUUUCAUGGGAUUUAUAGGUGUGUCCCCACUAGCUGAUCCUAGAAUAUGUUCUGGUGGGGAGCCUUUGUCUUGCCAGCCAGUCAUUGCCCACCAAAGGCUCUAAGCUGGCCAAGGCUGUUUCCCCCAAUUCCUGAUUCAAGGGCUUUGCAUGGAACCCCAACUGAAACAGAAGUGUGGGGGGGAGACCUUCCUUUUAACAGCACUUUGUACAUUAUGUCAUUUUGAUGACAUGUGAUUGGCGUAUGGGCAGCCCAGUGAGGCUGAUCUUGAUAAGGAUCUGGUCCAUACCACCAAAAAGGUUCACCACCCUUGUGAUAUAGCCUGAAAUGAGCAGUUGGCACAUUUUAUGCCCCGGACCAAUUGGUGCACUUGAUUAGGGAUUAGGGAUCCACCUCUGGGUUUUCUUGCAGGAAAAUCAGAGCCUUGUUGAAGUGAGACUGAUAUCCUCUGGUGGAGUGUAGACCAGUACUGCAAAGCAUCUAGUGCUUUGCAGACUUGCCUAAUGCUGCCAAACUAGCCCCAAGCAGGAUGAUUUGUAAGAGACCUGCAAUGUCAAGCUGCAGCUUGAAGCCUUUCCCAUCACUGGAUCUGCUUGAUAUACCCACAGGCAUAUUUAAUCUUCGUGCAGAGAGGGCUGCCUUUCUCAUCUUUGUCCCAGAAAGAAAUUGGCUGAUGUUGGUCGAGGCUUAAGUAUAGCUGAUUUUUUCUGGGUUCCACAACCUCUGGUCUGAAUCCCUGUUGCUGGGGAGAGUGCUGCUGCUCUCGGGCUUCCCAUAGGCACCUGAUGGGCCAUUGUCAGAACAAGAUGCUGGACUUGAUUAGACUGUGGCCUGAUGCAACUGUGCUCUUUUGACGUAAUGUUCUUAUAACGUGACCACAGUAUUCAAGGCAUUGGUGACUUCAAGGUUGGAUUACUGCAAAGAACUCGGGGCGGGGGGUCCUUGCCAUUGGUUUGAAUACUGCAGUUGUUGAGAGCAGCAUAUUAUAGCUCAAGAUUUGCACUGGGUGCCAGUUUGUUACUCAGACAAGUUCAAGGUUUACUCUUAUUACAUAAAGCUGUUGAGAACUUCAGACCAGUUUACAUGAAAGAUCACCUUACCCCUUACAUGCGUACUUGACCACUUUGAUCUGUGGAACUUGCACUUUCACAAAAUGCCACAUAAUGUUCAUUCCUCAUCUGUUUGGACUCAUCCAGUCUAUGCUUUGGAGCAAUCUUCCUAACAUUAACACAGGCAGGCAUCUUUUCUAUGCUGUUCUAGAUGCUUUCAAAAAGCUUUUUAUUUCAACUUAGUGGUGGUUGUUUUGAUUAGGUGGUCUGUAAAUUUCUCUAAAUAGAAUAUGUUUUCCUUUUAUGCCUGCUUGCACUUGGGGAUGGAGGAAGAUACAGUGGUGCCUCGCAAGACAAAAUUAAUUCGUUCCGCGAGUUUUUUCGUCUAGCGAAUUUUUCGUCUUGCGAAGCACGAAAUCCCAUAGGAAUGCAUUGAAAUCCAAUUAAUGCGUUCCUAUGGUCAAAAAAAGUCCAAACAAAGCCAAAUUUGGUACAACAAGAGUUUAUUAAGUACUCUUUAAAGUCACACAUACUGUAAAGAGCAUUUCAAAAAUUGAAGGAACAAUAAAUUAAGUUUCUAAACAUGACAGAAAAACAUUUAAAAAUCAACAAAGUGCACAGUACAUUUUCUAAGACUCUGGGGGACAACUCGAAGAAGGUUCCUCUUCCACUCUUUGCUUCUUGCUGAAGAACCCCCUCCUCAACUAUUCCCCCAGCCACCCACCACACAGAAAUUCAAAUCCAGAAUUUUUUUUUAAAAACAGCAGAGUGGCCCAAUGGUCACAGAAAAUCAUAAAAAUGCAGAAAAAAACACACAAGCUUCCAGAUUCUUGCAAACCCCUCCCCAACACCAAGUCCUUGAAUUCCAAACACCCCAACCCAAAAUCCAAAAAACCCCCAAAAAAGUUUUAAAAGUUUAAAAGAAGUUUUGGAAAAGCUUCAAAAAUCACCAAAGUCUUCAAAAACCUCAAAAAAGGCUACCACACCGCAUUCUAUGAGUUGCUCCUCGAAGUCAAGUCGCAACUGUAUUAACGGUGUUAAGAAAAAGGAAACAAACUUGCAAGACGUUUUCGUUUUUCGUCUUGCGAAGCAAGCCCAUAGGGAAAUUCGUCUUGCGAAGCAGCUCAAAAAACGGAAAACCCUUUCGUCUAGCGAGUUUUCCGUCUUGCGAGGCAUUCGUCUUGCGGGGCACCACUGUAGCAUUUUUUAAAAAAAUAGCAAAUUCUCUGUUAUUUGCAGAGCCCGGAUGGAAAAUAUCUUGCCAGUGGAGCUAUAGAUGGAAUUAUCAAUAUCUUUGAUAUUGCGACUGGAAAACUUCUUCACACGUUGGAAGGUAAGGCUUGGAAUGCUUGCAGCAGAUUGCUCUCCAUCUCUGGGAAGUGGUCUGAAGCCUCCAAAUAUAGAGGCUGUGCUUUGCUUUCUUCCCUCGUUUUCAGGUUCCCAGCAGAGCUUCUCCUGCCCAUGCUUCCAGAAACAGUUCAGGAAAGGAGCUGGUCAAACAGGGUUGCAGGGGUGGGGGCAGUACAAGAUGUGAUAUCUUCAGGCCUUCAUGGAUAAAAGUGGGAUUCUUUUAUAUUUCAGGGCACGCUAUGCCAAUCCGUUCCUUGACAUUCUCCCCAGACUCCCAAUUACUUGUCACAGCUUCAGAUGAUGGCUACAUCAAGAUUUAUGAUGUGUAAGUGCUAAUCCUUCUCUGUCCAGAGCAUGGCAAUGUCUCUCAAAACUGAUUCAGUGGUAAUGUAAUGGUAAAAUCUUACCUUUUGGAGAUAAAAAAGUCAAUUUUCCCUUGACUCUUGUACACCUUUCUACCUCCUUGUAUCUCCUCUUAACUGCUCCUCAGUUUCCCAAACCAACAGGAAGUUUCCAAACUUGCCAGGAUGUAUGUUGAUAGCAUGUCCUUCAGAGGUUGUUGGACUCCAAUUCCUGUGUCAGCGCCAGCCUGCAAGGCCAAUGGUCAGGACCGGUGGGAGUUGUAAUCCAACAUCUGGAAGGCACCAGGAUGAGGAAGGCUGUCUGAAUCACUUACGUCAGUGACAAACUUUGCUUUCAUAGAAAAGAGCAAACAGCCCCAGAAGACAACCCUAAUCUAGUGUUACCAGUUUCUUACAGUGGCCAACAGAGUUAGAAACUCAGAUAUACAAACUAGUCAUCACAUGGCACCUUAAGCCUAGGUUAUGGUCACAACAAUGGAAAGUCUAGCCACCCCCCCCCCCAGAUUACAAAGCUGAAAAUGAAUUGUGUAUAUCAUCAAGCAGAAUCAAAUUUAACAGUGGUGGUUCCCCACCUUUUUGCUGCUGUUUUGAUUCCUUUGGGUUAUUCCAGGUGUCUUUUGUGGCCUUUUGAACAAUGGAAGCAAUUAACCAUUCUAAAAAGAAAGCAUCAAAAAUAAAAUGAGCACCCCAGACCAUACCUUUGUGUUUUGGGCAAAUAAAUCCAGAGUAACUACCAUUUCCUGAUUCUGUUCUAACCAACAACACCACUUAUUACAGCCUACGCAACUGAUGGCAGAGAGGCCCAAUGCAUGCAUGUGCAUGUGCAUGUAUUGCUUGCUAGCUUUUUAAUCCAGUGGAUUCACAAGUUAGUUUACAAUUGAGACAAACAAUUAUAAGUGAGCCAGAACAUCAUCAGAAAAACUACCAAAUAAAACAAGUGUCAAUAGAAUCGAUAUGGAAGUGGGCCAUUCUUCAGAUUGUUAGAUGGCGAUGGCAAGGAAAUCUGCAUGCUUCCCAUGGCUUCCUCCACUAAAGAAAGGCUGUGUUAAAUUUUCACCUACAAAGCUGGCCAGGCCAAAUUUAGGGUGCAGAAAAGUCAAAAAGAAAGAAAGAAAAACGAAAUAGGCCAUCACCAUGAUAGGGUAGGUUUGGUGGCCUAGAUUUGAAAGAAAAUGGGAAGGAUCUUACAAGAGUUGGGGAGAGGAGGGGAAAAAAGGGGCCACUGCAUUUUAAGAUAAAGGAGGAAGGAAGGAGGAGAGCAGAAUGGAGCCUGCAGAGACAGGAUUCAAACACAGAACACUGUCCCUUUAGAAGGGGUCUGGGUGGUCAGAAGGGAAGAAAUGGGGGAAAUAUCCAGACAAUGAAAAGGAGAAUGAUCUGGUGGGGCGGGGGGAGGAAGAGGUCAUGAGAAAGCUGGGAUUCCUCCCCAAAGGCAGAAACGGUGGGGUGGUGAGUAGGCAAGAUAAACUGCAGGAGGCAGUAGAGUGAACAUGGUAUACUUUAAAACAUACACAACCCCUAGCUGGCCAGGCAGCACUGAUCCUGGAGGAGACGUUACCUUCAUAUGUUCACUCCAGCCUUAACAGUCACACACGGCUUCAGCCAUGCAAGCACAGGCAACCAUGCACAUUUUACUUUGGAAGAAGCCCCAUGGAGUUCUGUUGCAAGUAGAAGACAAACACCAGAUCAGGGAUGGAAACAACCCUUUUCUCCAAAUGGCACACACAUGCAUACCUCUUCUCCCUCCCUCCCUCUGCCGUCGGAGAGAUCUCAACCUCCGUCCCUCCUCCCACAGUGGUGGCUCCUUCCCUCCCAGCACUCAGACAGGCUCUCUGAAGUGCAGAUUUAAUCCUGAAUAAAAGCCUCCCCUAUGGCACCCUCCCACCUUUGCUUGUUCUUUCUCAGCCUCCUGUGUCUGGUGGAGAAACACUCAAAUGCAGCUGAGCAGCAGAGACACACCAGCAGCAGGCAGCCGCUUUCUCUCUAGAGAGCCAGUGUGGUGGAGUGGUUAAGAGCGGUAGUCUCGUAAUCUGGGGAACCGGGUUCGCAUCUCCGCUACUCCACAUGCAGCUGCUGGGUGACCUUGGGCCAGUCACAAUUCGUUGAAGUCUCUCAGCCCCACUCACCUCACAGAGUGUUUGUUGUGGGGGAGGAAGGGAAAGGAGAAUGUUAGCUGAUUUGAGACUCCUUCGGGUAGUGAUAAAGCAGGAUAUCAGAUCCAAACUCCUUCUCUUCUUCUUUCUCAUGUCUUUCUAAUGUAGGGUGGCAUUAGCAUUCACGUGUGCAAGUAGAUCCAAGCGGCAGCCAGCAACAGGCAAAAGCCUCUUAGAAGCGCCAGCAAUUUAAAUUAGUUGCAAUACACGGCGACAAGACAUAAGAAAUUCCUCACAAUCAGCCCAUUCUCUGUUACAGGAGGUGCCUGGUGCCCAGUUAGUUUCAAACACUGGUGGCCACCCAGAUGCCUUUGGGUAUCCUGCAAGAGCGGCCUUCUAUGUCUGAAUGUGGAAGUUCUAUUUGGUUGACAUGUCUAAUAGCUACAAAAAACCUCUUUUUCCUUGGAUUUGUUUUGUUCCCAUCCGACCAUCAGUCCCUAGGAAGCUGCCUUUAUACCAGGUGGUAUUGGUUCAUUGAGCCCAUUUUCCCCCUGGACCACCAUAAAAAUAUUUACCUUCCUCCAUUUGGCUUCUGCAAAGAAGCAUCUUUUGAUGUUGUUAGUCCUUUUCCUUUGGAAGACGAAGGUUGUAAUUAAUGUGACUGAUAAAGGCAGCCUUCCCCAGCCUCUUGCCCUCCAGCGGCUGUUGAACCCCAUCUCCCAUAAGCCCCAGGCUGCAUGGCAACUAUUUAGAGAUGAUGGGGGUUGGAGCCAGACAUCUGGAGGGCACCAGGUUGGGGAAGGUUGAAUUAAGGGAUAAGUCAUAUCCUGCUAAGUGAUGAUGUUGGUUGCGUUUCCAUGAAGUGUGAACCCUUUCACAUGGCAGGAAAUAUGGGAUGCAGUCUAGCACAUACGUUUUAUUCUUUCGGAAUGCUAAUCUCUUGGACCUUGAAUGAAGAAUGUGGUAAAACGGACCCAUCACUCCCAGGUAGCUGAGAAUUGCAAGGAAGAUUCAUGAGAAGCAACCGUUUUGUCACACUUGUCCACAAUUGCUCCAACUUUUCAUUGAGAAUCCUCUGAUAAACAUCUGAAGAAACUCAGAAAUUCCCUGGAAUAUUAUUUUGAAGAGCCUGUUGUUAGGGUGUAUUUCUAAACUGGAGCCUGUUUUUGAAUUCUGCAGGCAGCAUGCGAAUCUGGCAGGCACCCUGAGCGGCCACGCAUCUUGGGUGCUAAAUGUAGCGUUUUGUCCUGACGACACCCAUUUCGUUUCUAGGUAUGUAGAAUGUUGACGUGACCUGAUUUGGUUGGGUUAUGCGUUGCAUGUUCAUCUUGCACUUCCUUCAUGGAACUCUAGAAAGGAGUAUGUCACUGGUGGGUUCAUUGUUGAGCAGCACUUAGCCUAAUUUCAUGUGGGUAGCAAGGAGAGGGGGAAUUGGAGGGGAAAGGAGGUGGUGCAGAGAGAGAGAGAGAAGUGGUGACCCACACUGGGCUUUGACCUUUCCACACCUGUUGUUUGUAUGUGACCCCCAGCAGAGGGAAUGGUUGCCUGCUGCAGGCCUAUGCUGGGUUUACUCUCUUCUGCCUCCCCCCAAGCCAUUCUUUUUAAAUCACUAAUUUUAUAAGGGGCAAGACUACAAACACAUAACACAUGAGAGGAAUCCCCAGAAUUACAACAGAGGUAAGUAGAGCACCCUUGUAAAGCAGGCUAGGCUGAGAUAGGCUCUGGUCCCUCGUCAUCUGGUGAACUUCAAGGCUCAGUGUGGAUUUGAACUUGCCCCCUGAACCUAUGACAUUAGAGCAUCACCGUUCAUUUAUGUGGAUGGGAUGUGGAGAGGAAGGCCUGUUUAUAAAUGGAGCUUCAUAGAGUAAAAUUCACAUAGUUGUAAAACUGAGUGCAUGAUUUUCUUAAUUGGGCAGAACUAAGAAUUAGCAGCCUUAUUUUCAAAAGGUGCCAAGUAACUGUAGAAUUGUAUUCAACUAACUUAGACUCCUUAAAAAUUAUGGACCUAAGUCAUGGCCAGUUAAUUACAAUCAUAGGUCUACUACUGAGUAAAAGUUAGUUGAAUACAACCUAUGCAACUGCUUCCCCUAUUUUUAAGAUGAGUUUUUCACAAAUGAAUAUACUGUAUUUGGGGGGGGGGGGUUGCCCAGAGUUGUUCAGCUUUUUGGGGGCGGGGGGUUGCCAACAAUCGCUCCCCCGCCUGACCAACACUCCCAAUUGCCAGCAGCCACCAAUCACCCACCCAAUCGCCACUGACAAUCUCCUACUCGCACCUGCAACCAAUUGCCCAUCCCCCCUCUGCCCUAUCCGUGUUUAAGACGACCCACUAAAAAAAAAUCAUCUUCUACACGGAAAAAUGUGUUGACGUUAAAAGAAGUCUGAUUAAGAGUGUAUUGGGAUAAAUGACAAAUAAUUCCUAAGGAAAAAUUCUCAAAUGGGGUCUGCUGCCCAGAGAAACGUGUAUGAGGCAUUCCGUUUCUUUACCUUGCUGAUCUUGCUCUACUGGGUGUGGGUUUGCUCUACUCUGCUGCAAUGUACUUCAGUGUGUGGCUUUCCCCAUAAACAGCAAGGUGUUAGCAGCAUGCCUAAGCUCUUGCCCUUGUUCUCCUGGGUUUGUUUGUGUGAGUGGAAGAUAACUGUUGGCGUCAUCUUCAAGCAUGGCAAAAUGAGGGGCAUCUAUUGCAGGGGUAUGAGCCGUGCAUAAUUUUUCUGACAGCUGCAUUGAGCCACACUUGUCUUGCGGGGUUGUGCAGGACAAAGGAAUUCCCUUACGCUGACUCACACCAUUGAUCUGUCUUAGCUUAGGGUUCCCUACACUGACUGGCAGCCCUUUCUGCAAGUGCUGGGGACUGAAGUCAGAUGCCACACCACUGAGCAAGGUUCUGCAUUAGACACAGUUGCAAGCUGUGGGCUCACUUUCUUGCAUGUUGUUUGGUAACUGAAUAGCUGCCGGUCAUCAAGUGUACAGCGAGUGGAAUGUGUGAACUGCAUUUUGCUGUGGUGAAGGAACAUGGAUGCUUGAACUUUCAGCUGCCUUGUUGGGUCAGGCCAGUGAGUUCUGCAAGUUUGGUCUCGGUUGGAAACUAAAUGCACUGCAGUCUUUAAUCUUGUAUUGCUAAGGUCAGUUAGUUACUCUUUACUCAUCUGCUUAGUUUUUGUGGUGCUGUGGUGUAAACCACUGAGCCUAGGGCUUGCCGAUCGGAAGGUCGGCAGUUCAAAUCCCCACAACAGGGUGAGCUCCCGUUGCUUGGUCCCAGCUCCUGCCAACCUAGCAGUUCGAAAGCACGUCAAAGUGCAAGUAGAUAAAUAGGUACUGCUCCGGUGGGAAGGUACACAGCGUUUCUGUGCACUGCUGUGGUUUCACCAGAAGUGACUUAGUCAUGUUGGCCACAUGACCCGGAAAAACUGUCUGUGGACAAAUGUCGGCUCCCUCGGCCAGUAAAGUGAGAUGAGUGCCACAACCCCAGAGUCAUUCGCAACUGGACUUAACUGUCAGGGGUCCUUUAUCUUUAUGUAGCACGGCAGCUUCUGCUUUGCACAACACAUGGACUGAACAUUAUGCAUGGCAAAUAAACACUUAGGGAAACAAAAACAAUUCUAAUGCCAGUCUUCAGAUUUUCUGCAGAGUCCCUGCUCCAAGCAUCUUCUUUAGUAUGCUACACUCUUAAAAGAGGACCUUUUCUGCGUCUGCUCAAGAGACACGUCUGGUGCCAACACUGGCACCUUUUUGAAUACCAGGGGAAGACCUUUUUGCCCAGACAAUUCAGAUGGUGGUUUUGUUUUUGCUUGCUCUGUUCUGCUUUUCUUUGGGGUUGGAGGUGUUAGUCACACUUUUGUACACCAGGCCUGGAACUUUUCAAUGAAAUAUCCUAAAUAAACAUGACAAAAUAGUGAGUACCGUGGCUUUAGGAUAGAUGAAGUGAGAGAUGUGACUUGCAAUUUUUUAAUUCCCCAAAGAGGGAAGGGCGAGUUCAGGGUUGGAGGCUCACACCAGUGGACUGCACAAAUGGUGAUGAUUCCAGGAAUCAGAGGCCAUUUCCUAUUUCUGGUGGGUUGGUAUUAACAGGGAACAAAAUUGUUGAUCAUUGUUCUUUUCCAGUUCAUCAGACAAAACCGUGAAAGUGUGGGAUGUACCUUCCAAGACCUGUGCUCAUACCUUCUUUGAUCAUCAAGAUCAGGUAUAUAGAACUUUGUGGCUGUCGGUUGUGGCAGCCUAGGGAACUUUCCUUACAUUAAAACCUUUAGUUCAGGCUGCAUAGAACUAGUCUUGAGACGUUCCAAAAUUUGAAGGGUUACUUCCUGCUAUAUUUGUGGAGUUUUCUUAUAAAAGUAGUAUAUAAAUUUUGUUCCAUAAAAUAAAUGUGAAAGUGUGUCCAAUUAAUUGUCUAUUAGUGCUGUCUACUGAGUUCUCUUAACACCUGAAACGGAAGAUUUCCACCCACCCCCAAAUAAAACUGGCAUUUUAAUUCAAGAUGCUUGAACCACUCAGCUUGCCUCUGUGCAAAGUGCUGGUAACAGGGGUGUGAGAGACUGAAAGUACAAUCCCAUUGGCCUGCCUUUUUAGCAGAAUGAGUGUGCUUUUGCUGGCAGAGGGGCCAUAGCUUGGUGGCAGUAUAUGCCUGGCAUGCAAAGAAUGCAGGUCCAAUGCUUGGCAUCUCCACAUCAAGGAGCAAGUGAUGGGUAAGCUCUGCCUCAGACUAUGAGUUGCUGCUACUCAAUAUGAGGCAGCUUCUCCUGUUUCAGUUCUACGAUUGUCACUGUUUGACUCCUAUCAGCCAUAGUCAGGCACAGUGGAGUUGCAGCCCAACAUCUGAGGGCCCAUUGGGUUGGUUUUCUCUUGUGCAGGGGGCGGUACACAGCAUAUAUAAAUUACCUUUUAAAGAAAAGGACUUGUGAUCAUUAUAAUUUUUUAAAUGUCUGUUAUAAGCUAUUGCCUAACUCUAUGCAAUCAAUCUUAACAGAUUUUUGGUUUGUUCACAGGUCUGGGGAGUGCAAUACAACGGAAAUGGUUCUAAAAUUGUAUCAGUUGGUGAUGAUCAAGAAAUCCAUAUUUAUGACUGUCCAAUUUAAAUGUACCUAAAUCAAUUUGGGUUCCUUUUGAAGGCUGUGGAACUUUCAAAAGGUGUCAAGAAAACCUUUAGAUUUUGACAAAUGCAAAUAAUCAAUAUAUAUCUAAGUUUGUAUGAAUUUUGCUAUUUAUGUUUAUAAAUGUAUUUGUUUAAAUUACUUAAUUUGCCAACUGGGCUACUGGAGUAUCAUUUCCCCUAUUAGACAUUUUUCUGUUUUUGGGGUGGCAGUGCUUGUCAUGGACGGCACAGGUGUGACUACAAACAAGAAUAAAGGCUGUGCAUGUGCUCAGGGGAGCCCUGCAAUUUGCAAAUAUAUGCAAUAUACAAAGAGUUUCUUUCCAGCAGGGGGCACCCAAGCAUAAAAAAAUCAGAAAAAGAUGCUGCUUGCAUGCAAUUUCUUAAGCUUUUAGCUGGUGAAUUUCUAUUGUAUGUCCUAGCUCCCUAAGCCAAGAAAGCAUUUAGUUCCCAUUCCAGAGGGAUGGGGUGAGAGAGUUGCCCUCUUGGUUAAGAGUCCUCACACCACACAGAAUGGUCCUGUUUUAUUUGAAGCAAUAAUUCAGUUUUACAGCAAACAGAGAACAGCCCAUUAAGCUGAAACUAUAGCUGUUUUAUGUAAAUAGUGUUCUGAAAAUUAUUUCUACAUUAGGGAUUUUUAGAGAAACUGGAAGUGCUUAUUCAACCAAGUUGCAGUAUACUCAAGUCUUGCUACAGAGGGAUUUUUUUGGUGUGGGGUUUUUUUUUUGCAUGAACGCUUAAAUAUAUAGUUACAAAAAUGAUACUCAGCAUCUCUGUGCUGAACAUGACAAGUGGCUUCAAAAGCCAAUUUUUGAAUCUGUCACUAGCAGUCCAGUUACACCUCCAGUUCAAGAUGUCUGACACUGCACACCAGUUCUAGGACCUUCGUCAUCCUCCUCAUAGGCUUCCCCAUGAUUACGGAAAGCUCGCUCUCUUGGAUCAAAUUCAACAAGAUCAACUUGAUCCAUGUCUUCUGAAAUCAUUACUUCUUCUCUUGGAGGAAGCAGAGCUUCUAACAAGGGUAGCUGUUCCUUGGAAAGCCACUGAUGCUCUGGGAAUGCAACCUAUAAUAAAAAGGCAGCAUUAAUGUAACUAGUGUGGAGCUAUGCUCACAUCCUGCAUUUGGAACAGCAGCUCCUUGAACACAAGCAAAUACCUUAAGGCUGAUUUUGUUAACUACCAUCAGGAAUUAUUGCCACUGUCUUGCAUAGAUGGCAGGGUAGGCAAUCUGGUGUGUGGAGGGGUCAGACAAAAUCCAGCACUCUCUCCCUCGUUUUGUCCCUCAGCUGCUUUCUACCAAGAUGACACACAGCUUGGCUUUCUCAAGACAGCUUACAAUACAGUGGUGCCUCGCAAGACGAAAUUAAUCCGUUCCGCGAAUCUCUUCGUCUUGCGGUUUUUUCGUCUUGCGAAGCACAGCUAUUAGCGGCUUAGCGGCUUUAAGAAAAAAGAAACAAACUCGCAAGAACUCGCAAGACAUUUCGUCUUGCGAAGCAAGCCCAUAGGGAAAUUCGUCUUGCGGAACGACUCAAAAAACGGAAAACUCUUUCGUCUUGCGUGUUUUUCGUCUUGUGAGGUACCACUGUAUAAAACAAGCCAGCAAUCCCAAAAUAAGAGCAGAUUAAGUGGCAGAGCUAGGUGAAAACUUUGCUAAAAAGCUAUUCAAAGGAUCCCAGAUGCCAUUAAAACAAGAAAACAGGGUGAUGCUCAUUUGACACUGAACAAUGAGUAGUUUUUAGAUAACAUGGCUGGAGAGGGAAUUCCUUUGUGCACCUCCCUACCUCACCUCGGAACAACACAUUUUGGCACAUCCCUCCCAUUUUUACAAAUCUUCUACUGCUUCAUGUGCACAAACCCUGAAGCAGGAAGCAGUAAGGGACAGUUGAGGUGCCUCAUGAGUUGCAGUUCAGUGUGUUUCAAGAACGCUUUGCUGCUUGUGUGGCACCUACAGGGCACAGCCCAUGUUGCUGACUUUACAACUGCCCAUUCAGUUGGAAAUGCACUUCAUCCAGCUUGUAGGCAGAUAGAUUCAAACAACUGUUUAAAAGCAACUAACUUACUUACCAAGAACUGAAUUAUUAGGGAACCUUUUUCCAAUGGUGACUUGUAAAUUGGCAUUCCCUCAUUUAUGAUGCAUUUGACAUCUCCAUGCUUUAUCACUUCACCUGUUUGAAUAGCGAUUACACACAGUUAAGUUCGUUAGCUUUCCGAAACCCCUUUUUCCUUGCAGAGAGGUUCCCAACAGCAAAAUGAUACAUGAAACCCUACUGGAUCAGACCAGGGGUCUCUAUCUCGGUGGUGAGGAACCUGAGGCCCACUGGCCUAAUUAGGUAGGUUCUGUCUCAGCUCAAAGUGUGUUGCAGGCUUUGAGCCUUUCAAAGCUCUGUAGAGAAUAACGUUUUGAAAAGGGCUUCUGACAAUCUGGACAAAACAAAAAAAACGGGCAAGAUGUCAUUGUGACAUCAGGUACCUGACAGGUGAUUGACUCUGCUCUCCUGUCCAACUUUGCUCAAGAUGGGUGGGUAGGGGAGACAAUUUGGCCCUUUGGGCUAAAAAGCUCAGCGUGGUUCAGCAUUCUACUUCCACACAGCCAAUCAGAUAUUUGGAAAGCUCAAAAGUAGAAAAUGGAGUAUAUUUAUACAAUAUAUGAAAGAACACUGUAAACAUCUGAAAAUGUUUGUAGGUUUGAGUUAAAAUAUUUUGUAAUGCUAAUAUUUGGAGCUGGUUUACAAUAAAUAAGGUAAGUUUUAUUAAGAUAGAAAGAAGGUAAAUAGGCGGUUAUAGAAAUGCAAAGAUGUAAGUGAAUAUUUAUGAAAGCCAGAAAGUGGGAUGGGGGGGGGAGGUUGAAGCUCAGUUUGAGAAAUGUUUUUGGUGAUGAGAUUAUUUAAUGGAUUGUGAUCAUGGUAAAAUGUAAACUUAAUAAAAAUUCUUUUAAAAAACCACAAAAAAACAAAAGCAGAACAUGAGGAUCUAUAGCCCUUUCCCACUGCUGUUCCCUGCAAUGGGUUCUGAGAGACAAUCCCUUUUAAAGCCAUCUAAGUUUGUGGGCCCCUUCAUGGAUCACUGCCUUGCCAUGGCGAAGGGGCUUGAAUAACUCAGAGAAGCUAUGAACUAUGCCGAGCAGGGCACCCAAGAUGAACAGGUCAUAGUGGAGAGUUUUGACCAAAUGUGAUCCACCUGGAGGAGGAACCGGCAAGCCACUCCAGUAUCCCUGCCAAGAAAACUCCAUGGACAAAGACAACAGGCAUAUAAAAGUUAUGACGCUGGAAGAUGAGCCCCUCAGGUCGGAAGGUGUCCAACAUGCUACUGGGGAAGAGCGGAGGACAAGUACAAGUAGAUCCAGAGCUGAUGAAGCGGCUGGGCCAAAGCCGAAAGGACGCUCAGUUGUGGAUAUGCAUGGAAGCGAAAGGAAAGUCCAAUGCUGUAAAGAAAAAUAUUGCAUAGGAACCUGGAAUGUAAGAACCAUGAACCUGGGUAAGUUGGAUGUGGUCAAAAAUGAGAUGGCAAGAAUAAACAUUGACAUCCUGGGCAUCAGUGAACUAAAAUGGACGGGAAUGGGAGAAUUCAGUUCGGAUGACUAUCAUAUCUACUACUGUGGGCAAGAAACCUGUAAAAGAAAUGGAGUGGCCCUCAUAGUCAACAAAAGAGUGGCAAAAGCUGUACUGGGAUGCAAUCUCAAAAAUGAUAGAAUGAUCUCGAUACGAAUCCAAUGCAGACCUUUUAACAUCACAGUAAUCCAAGUUUAUGCACCAACUACUGGUGCUGAAGAAACUGAAAUUGACCAAUUCUAUGAAGACUUACAAGACCUUAUAGAAGUGACACCAAAGAAGGAUGUUCUUCUCAUUAUAGGGGAUUGGAAUGCUAAAGUAGGGAAUCAAGAGAUAAAAGGAACAACUGGCAAGUUUGGCCUUGGAGAUCAAAACAAAGCAGGGCAAAGGCUAAUAGAGUUCUGUCAAGAGAACAAGCUGGUCAUCACAAACACGCUUUUCCAACAACACAAGAGACGACUCUACACAUGGACAUCACCAGAUGGGCAACAUCGAAAUCAGAUUAAUUAUAUUCUCUGCAGCCAAAGAUGGAGAAGCUCUAUACAGUCAGCAAAAACAAGACCUGGAGCUGACUGUGGCUCAGAUCAUCAGUUUCUUAUAGCAAAAUUCAAGCUUAAACUGAAGAAAGUAGGAAAAACCACUGGGCCGGUAAGAUACAAUCUAAGUCAAAUCCCUUAUGAAUACACAGUGGAAGUGAGGAACAGGUUUAAGGAUUUAGAUUUGGUGGACAGAGUGCCUGAAGAACUAUGGGUGGAGGCUCGCAGCAUUAUACAGGAGGCAGCAACGAAAACCAUCCCAAUG